AUGAUUCGUCUGCUGCGCGGAGCCCUGAUGCUGGGUGUCUGUGUCACAGCGCGAGUUCCAGAGAUGCUUGCUCCACCCACCAAGGUGAGGUUUGACUCUGUGGACUACAAAAACAUCCUGCGCUGGACUCCGCCCACCAACAGCACAUCGCUGCAGUACUACGUCCAGUGGAAGAUUUAUGGCGAGCCUCAGUGGGUGGACGUGGAUGACUGUCAGGGGAUCCAGAAGCAUCAGUGUGACCUCAGCGUCGUGACCUCUGAUGCCCGAGAGUGGUACUACGCCAGAGUGCACGCCUCCUCCCUGCCCUCCAACAAAUCAGCCUGGGCCCUCUCCCCGAGGUUCAGCCCACGCUGGGACACCAUAAUCAGCCCUCCUGUACUGAAGCUGACCAUCACUGCGCAAGGGAUUGUGGUUCGUCUGAAGCCCCCCAGACUGCUUGUUCGGAAGAUGCACAGCAGUCUGCACUAUAACAUCUACCUCAUACACGCCAGUGGAGAAGAGGAGGUGUUUGAGAUGGACUGCUGUUCCAAAAAGUUGAUGCUAAAUGAGCUGAACCACAAGGCCGAAUACUGCCUGCAAGCCCAGACCAUGAUCCCCGACCAGGCCCAGAGUAGCGCUCGUGGCUCCGUGAAAUGUGUCACUAUGCUCUGAUCACACAGUGUUGGAGUCUCCUGUAGCUACGAAACAUCAACUCAUUCUUCUCACUCCAUCCAUCGUCAACCGCUUAUCCUGCAUACAGGGUCGGGAGAGGCUGGAGCCAAUCCCAGCUUACAUGGGGCGAAAGGCGGAUAGACAGACAACCACUCACAUUCACACCUAAGGACAAUUUUGGAGACACCAAUUCACCUCGCCUGCAUGUCUUUCGAUGGUAGGAGGAAGCCGGAGGAACCACGUGGGAGAACAUGCAAACUCCACACAGAAAGCCUAUGCUUCUCACUAUUUCUAUAAAUUGUUUGUUAAAAUAAAUACGUUGAGUAAGACC